AAUCUCAGCAAAACACCGAACCAGUAGUUAACCGUAGCUCGAGCAGUGCAUCAGGUGAACAACAGCUGAAUGGUCGUCGAAGAAGAUCUAAAACCCACAAGUGUCAGCAGUGCGGCAAAAGCUUUCCAUCUGCAUAUAAACUCAAACGACACCAACUUGUUCAUACUGGCAUACGGGCUCACCAGUGUACGACUUGCUCCAAAUCAUUUGGGCUAAAGGAUCAUCUUAAAUUACACCAGCUUAUUCACACUGGCAUUAAAGCGCACAAAUGCUCAACAUGCUCCACAUCAUUUGGGCAAAAGGGUGAUCUCAAACGACAUCAGCUGGUGCACACUAGAAUACGAGAUUACAAGUGCACAACAUGCUCCAAAUCAUUUGGGCUAAAGAGUAAUCUCACGAGGCACCAACUACUUCACACUGGCAUUAAAGCGCACAAGUGUACAGUUUGCUCUAAAACAUUUGCGCAAAAGGGUAAUCUCACUGAACACCAAUCAGUUCACAGCGACUUUCGACCAUUUCAGUGCCACAUUUGUGAGAAAACGUUUAGAUUGAAAAAGAAACUCAAAGAACAUCGUCAAAGUGUACAUCAGCAGUAA